CACUUUUACCUCCAUUAUUGUUCAUUAGCUGAAACAUUUUGGUGUUUAAAUGUCAAAUUCAAAGUCAGGCACGAAGUGGGCAAUUGAUGAGGAAGUACAAUUAUGCAAGUCUUGGGCAACUAUUACUUCAUGUGGUUCUGUAGGAAAGGAUCAAGAUGCCAAGCAUCUAUGGCGUAAUAUUCAUGCUCACUACGAACAAAACUGGGAAGGUGAUCCGGACGAAGUUCGAUCCCAUCAAGCACUCGAAAGUAGGUGGAAAAAUUUUAAAAAAAAUUUGGCGAGUUGGCAUGAUGCGGUGAGCAAAGCGGAGCACUAUUAUGAGAGCGGCUUGAACAACAUGGACAAGUUAUAUCAAACCCACAUGUAUUACAAGCGUGCAAAUAAGGGUAAGGGUUUCACCCAUACUCACUGUUGGGAAGUGGUAAAGGAUCACCCGAAGUUCAAGGAUCCACCAAAAGAGGUGACACAACCUUCACAGAUAGUUGAUGAUUCACCAAUUCAGUCAACUGACAACGAUGAAGAGUGCAUUGCGGAGCCAUCUGAUGAAAGACCUCCGGGAAGAAAGGCUCAAAAGAGAGAUGCUAAGCUCAAAGGGAAGAUUAGCGAAAAGCAAGAUCGAUAUAUUCAAGCAAUGGAAAACAUUGCAUUUAAUAGUGAAGCUAGUAGAGAGGCCACAAGAAUCAGAGAUGAAGAAAAUAGAAAGCACAUCGAGUGGCAGCAACAAAUGGAAGUGGAAAAGCAACAACUAGAACUACAAAAAGUGCAACUAGAAAUCCAAAAGGAGGAAAAUUGGGUUAUGGCUAAAGACACUAGCAUAAUGACUCCAGAAUCAAAAGCAUGGUGGAAGAAAAGAAAGAAAGCUAUUCGUGACAAAACCUCAGAUGAUUGGGAGGGUUUGUAA